AUAAUUUUACACUAUCCUUAAGUGUAUCAACCUAAAAUGAUUCAGAACAAAGCGCGUCUUACGCAAAUAAGCUCGAAAUUUUGGAAAAUUCUAAACCGAGAAAUCAAAACAAAAGUCGAUGAAGUAAAAAAAGUUAAAUUUACGGAAACAAUAAACCUUCCGAAGACUAAGUUUCCAGCUAGAUUGAAUCAGCAACAACGUUCGGAUGUUGAGGAUGUGAUUAGAACUAGACAUUUGGAAAGUCUUUAUGAAUGGCAAAGGAACCACCUAAAGUCACCAAAUGCUGAUUAUGUGCUGCAUGAUGGGCCUCCGUACGCAAAUGGUGACUUACAUAUGGGACAUGCUAUCAAUAAGGUUCUAAAAGACAUAAUCCUUAAGCAGAAAAUCAUGAACGGAACGAGAGUGCAUUAUAAGCCAGGUUGGGACUGUCAUGGACUUCCUAUAGAACUUAAAGCAUUAGGAAGUACCAAAAAUGUCUCGCCAAUUCAAAUUCGUCAAAAAGCAAAGACGUUUGCUAUGGAAGCUGUUGAAAAACAGAAGAAAUCCUUUGAAUCUUGGGGAGUUACUGGAUCAUGGAAUGAUCAGUCACAGACUUACAGGACAUUCGACAAAAGCUACAUACAGAAUCAAUUGAGAAUGUUCUACAAAAUGUAUCAGAAAGGAUUAAUUUAUCGAGAUUUUAAGCCUGUUUAUUUCUCACCGUCAUCAGGAACUGCUCUCGCGGAAGCGGAACUAGAAUAUGAUGACAAUUUUAAAAGCCCAUCCCUGUAUUUCCGAUGUGAAAUUGUCAAUUCUAAGGAUAUUUGUGGAUCUGAGAAGUUAUAUGCUCUUGUGUGGACAACAACGCCGUGGACAUUGCCUGCAAAUCAAGCAAUUUGUUACAGCAAGGAUUUAAUGUACUAUUUAGUGAAGAUAAAUGGCACCAACUUCAUAAUUUGUGGUGAAACUGUAGAUAAUCUUCAAAAAGAACUAGAAACAGACAUAAAAAUUAUUAAAAGCAUUGAUGUAAAGGAACUAGAAAAUCUGCAGUACCGACAUCCAAUAAAUGAUGAUGAAAUACUUCCAUUCUUUGAAUCGAGCCAUGUGCAGGCUGAUAAAGGAACUGGAUUAGUUCAUACAGCACCAUCGCAUGGUCAAGAUGACUUUCUAGUCUUCCUUAAUAAGAAAAUUCCAUUAAAAUGCUUAGUCAAUGUCAAAGGAUGUUACAAUAAAUUAGCACCCGAAUUUCUUCAUGACAUGGAAGUGCUUGGUGAUGGAAACAAGUCAGUCAUCGAGUAUGUAGAAAGUAAAAAUGGAAUUGUUAAAUUAAAUGAGUAUAGACAUUCAUAUCCAAUCGAUUGGAGGACAAAAAGUCCAGUAAUAAUCUUAGCCAGUGAGCAAUGGUUCAUAAAUACAGAUAAAAUUAAAUCUAAAGCCAUCCAGGAACUUGAAAAAGUCAAUAUUUAUCCAGAAAAGUCAUCGAAAAUAUCCAAAAGCGUUUUAAAGACACAGCUUGAGAAAAGACCUUAUUGGUGUAUAAGUAGACAAAGAAGUUGGGGAGUUCCAAUUCCAGUGAUGUAUGAUGAGAAUAAAAAUGCUGUAAUUAGUGAGGAAUUGAUUGAAAAUUACGUUAAAAUGGUUGAGGAAACUGGUUCAAUAGAUUUUUGGUGGGAAAAAGACACUGUUGACUUACUUCCAUCCAAUCUAAAGCAACCAAAUCUCAAAAAAGGAAACGACAUUCUCGACAUUUGGUUUGAUUCCGGAAUUUCAUGGUCGCAAGCAUUAGAAAAUGAUAAAGUAGCAGAUUUGUACCUAGAAGGUGUUGAUCAAUUCACUGGCUGGUUCCAGUCAUCUCUAAUGACAAGUAUAGGAAUUCGUGAUAUUGCACCAUACAAAAAUAUCUUUGUGCAUGGCUUUACAGUCGAUGAAAAGGGACGAAAGAUGUCAAAAUCAUUGGGCAACAUAAUAAGUCCAGAUACAAUCGUUAAGAAAUAUGGAACUGACGUUAUGCGAUGGUGGAUUGCAGCACAUUCAACGCAACAUUCAAUGAUACCUGUCAGCAGUAAAUUACUUGACGAUAGUGCCAAUAAUUUAAUCAAGAUACGUGCAACAUUGAAAUAUUUGCUUGGCAUUGUUGGAACUGACAUGAAUACGACCAUCGAUGGGACACAAUUGACGCAUUUAGACAAAUUUAUUCUCCAUCAACUCACCGACUAUGUAGCGAAUGUGACUAGCUUUUAUGAAAAUUUUCAAUUUAAUCGAAUAAUUGCGAUGGCAAAUAAUUUCGUAAAUACAGACCUGUCAAGCUGCUAUCUUCACUUAAUUAAAGACCGCCUCUAUUGUGGAUAUGACAUGGAACAUGACCAGUUUCGUGGAAUUUUAUCAAAUUGCUAUCGUCAAUUGUCAAAAACUUUAUAUCCAAUUAUGCCAUUUUUAAUUGAGGAAAGUUGGAGCUACAUUCAGCCGUCAUGUUCAUUUUAUCAUAGCAAUUUAUCAGAUGAUCAGAAAUGGAAGUUUAGUGACAGUAAAAUAAUUGUCGAUUCCGCGUUAAGCGUUAAGAAGAUUUUAUGUUCAUCAUUGACCGACAUGAACACUUUGAGACUUAAUGUGACAAUAGAAGGAAAUGACGAAAGUUUAAAAGCAUUAAAGGUAUUACAUCCGCAACUUGACACAGAAAUCGCUGAUUCUGAACUUUGUGAGAUUCUUCAAGUUUCAUCGAUCAUCCUUAAAUCAUCAGCACAUCGAGAACUUCAAAUCACCCAUAAAACAUCAGAAGCAGAUGUAUGUCCAAGAUGUAGACGAUUUGCAGCAACAAAUGGCAUUUGCAUGCGAUGUGAAAAUGUCUUAAAGUCAAAGAACAUGCCAAUGUCAUGAAGGAUGCAAGCAUUGUAGACAUUGAGUUGAUUAAUAAAAGUUAAUUUAAGUAAUACAUAAA